AAGGGACUUUAGACAUCAUCUAUGCCAGCUCCUUCAUUUCGAAGAUGAGGAAGUGGGCCCAGAACACCAGUGACUUGCCCAGGGUAAUAAGUGGCAGACACACUGACUUCAAGCCUAGUGUUCUUUGCAUUUUAUCAUGAAGAAAAGAGGAAAUCAUGCCUAAGAAUGAUUUUUGCCAAGAAGACUGGAAAACAUGCCUUAAUAGUCUGCGGUUCUGUAGUGCAGAAGACCUGAGCCGAGCCACUUACUGUGUGACCUUGGUAGGGUUGGACUGUGAAGAUACUGAGAGCUCACUGCUGGACAGAGCUCUUGCUGUCCCCACUUCUGAGUCCUGUCCAAUAGAGAAGCCAAUAUCUGUUCCAUCUCCUCAGAUGUCCACUUUGGAAUCAGAUAGCAGCUCUGCCACUCAUCUUGUUGUUCCAACUUUUGAAUCCCGAUCAUCGAUGGAAAAGCCAGUAUCAGUCCCAUCUCCGUUGCCCACUGUAGAAACAGAUAGCAGCUGUGCCACUCACCUUUCCGUGCCAGCCUCUGGGUCCUGGCCAUCAGAGAAAAAGCCAAAGCCACCCCCUUGUCAGUUGUCCACUGUGGAAACACUUAGCAGCUGUGCUACUGCCUGUAAUAGUAGCCCUGCUUCUCCAGGUUUUGCUACACCAACUGAGUCCCAGUCAUCAGUAGAGAAGUGGAUAUCACUCCCAUCCCAACUGCCCACCACAGAAACAGAUAGCAGCUGUGAUAUUCACUGUUCUGUGCCAACUUCUGAGUCCUGGCCAUCGGUAGAAAAGUUGAUAUCCUUCCCAUCUCAGCUGCCCACCAUAGAAACUGAAAGCAGCUGUCCCACUUACUUUGCUGUGUCAUCCUCUGAGUCAUGGUCACCAAUGGAGGAGAUGCCAUUUUCAUAUCCUAUUCCCACUACGGAAAUAAAUAACAGUAGCUUCGCUUCUCCAGGCCUUCAUGUAUGGCCCUCUUCUAUGUCCCAGAUACCAACAGAGAAUUCAAUGCUACUCCCAUCUCCUUGGCUUCCUACUAUGGAAUCAUAUUACAGCUUUGCCACACGUAAUAUCAGUCCUGCCUCUCCCUGCCCUGCUGUGCUCACCUCUGAGCCUCGUUCAUCUCUAGAGAACCUGAUACCACCUCUAUCUCAGUUACCCACCAUAAAAAAAUCUAGCUGUCAUACCAUCUGGAAUAGCAGCCCUCCCUCUCCAGGCCUUGCUAUGUCCACCUCUGAGCCGCAGCCAUCAUCUCAAUUAUCCACCAUAAAAAAAUCUAGCCGUCAUACCAUCUGUAACAUCAGCACUCCCUUUCCAGGCCUUGCUUUGUCUACCUCUGAGCCUCAGCCAUACCUAGAGAACCUGAUAUCACCACCAUCUCCAUUAUCCACCAUAAGAAAACCUAGCAUUCGUAACAUCAGCCCUUCCUCUUUUGACCUAGCUAUACCCACCUCUGAGCUCCAGACAUCACCAGAGAACCUGAUACCAUUUCUAUCUCCAUUAUCCACCAUAAGAAAACCUAGCAGUCGUACCAUCCAUAACAUCAGCCCUGCCUCUGAGUCCCAACUAUCAUGGAAGAACCUGAUUUCACCUCUGUCUCCACAAUCCACCACAGAAACAUCUAGCAGCUAUUCCACUCGUAACAUCAGUCCUUCCCCUCCAGGCCCAACCCAUAACAUUGGUAUAAAAGGACAGGGAAGAGGUGAUCUCAGGGGUUUGAGUGGCCCCCUGGCAGCACAGGAGUCCCAGGCCCAGGGCUCCUGGGAUAAAGAACCUGCUCUCCGUUUCGUGAUUAAGACCACUGCAACUGGAGCAACAAUAAGCCAAAGAGGACAUAAAAUAGAAUCACAGGAAUCAGUGGGUUCUAAAAUGCAGGUCAGCAUAGGAGAACCCAUGGCAGAGGUGAAGAUACAUGGCAACAAAGAGAACCAGAAAUUGGCUAAGUUAGUAAUAGAAGAAGUAGUCACAAAAGCAGAGAAAUAUUCUAAAGAUGGAGCAAAAGGAAACAGCACUUUGAAAACAUCUUAUACUGAAAAGGGCACAGAGAGAAGGUACCUGUGAUUGACUGGGAUGCAAUUAGACAGAGUCACCUCCAGUAUAUACAAAGCAAGUGGGAAGGCCUUCCUCCAAUUAAGAAAGACUU